AUGGCGGAGGAACCGUCCGCCAAGCGUCAUCAUGCCGAGACGUCGGACAAGAGGAGCAACCUCGUUGACAUUAACGUCCCCGGCGAGAAGUGCGAGUACACAACAACCCUCAAAGGGGUUGAGCUCCACGGCAACGACACGCUGGAGAUUGUCUGCACCAGCGUACCAGAAAAGGCCGACGAGGUGAUCUCCAGGCUCUGGAUGAAGCUUGGUGGCAGGGUUCGUAGGAUCGUCGGCGUUGGUGUGCACUACACCAACAAAGAUGAACCUCCCCAGAAGGCAGCAGUCCUGCAGUUGUGCGUCGACGAACUCUGCUUGGUGUACCACAUCGCAGCGGCCACAAAAUGGCCCAAGCGCUUGACCGAGAUGCUGCAGCAUGAAAAGUCGGUCACAUUUGCCGGUUUCAGCAUUGAAAGCGACAAAGAGAAGCUGAAGUUGUCUGGUAUGGAGAUCAACCCCAACAAGUUCAUCGACAUUCAGCGCAAGUGGAGAGCUCCAUACACCGGAAAAGAGUACGACUCCUUGACUGAUGUUGCAGCCAGCGUCAUCCACCCAUUCUACAAAGGCAUGAAGAACAAGAUCAACACGCAGGAAGACUACAAACUAUGGGGGACCAGCAAGCUGCCAGGCAACCUCAUCGAAACCACCAUUGCCGCUUCCAUCUACACUGCACACAAACCAAAAACUUCUCUCUCCCAAGCCCACAGUCGCAAGAGCAAGGCGAUGGCGGAGGAACCGUCCGCCAAACGUCACCAUGGCGACACUUCGAACAAGAGCAGCAACCUCGCCGACGUUCACGUCCCCGGGGAGAAGCACGAGUACACCAAAAUGCUCAAAGGGGUUGAGCUCCACGGCAAAGAGACGCUGGAGAUCGUAUGCACCAGCGAACCAGACAAGGCCGACCAGAUGAUGAGCAGGCCCAAGCGCCUCAAAGACUUCCUGCAGGAGGAGAAAUUGUACACAUUUGUUGGUUUCAGCAUUGGAGGUGACAAGCAGAAGCUGGGGGAGUCUGGUUUGGAAAUCAACCCCAACAACUUCAUCGACAUGCAGCGCAAGUGGAAAGAUCCAAAGACCGACAAAUACUACGACUCCUUGGCCGAUGUUGCAGGCGGCGUCAUCCACCCAUUCUACGAACUGUGGGCGACCAGCUCGCUGCCAGACAACCUCAUCACGUACGCAGGAAUAGAUCUACCUUAUGCUAUGUGUGUCAGGGUUUGA